CACUCAGACAGCGAGGGUGCAGGGUCAGGCGCCCGGCCGCACCUGCUGAGUGUGCCCGAGCUGUGCAGAUACCUGGCUGAGAGCUGGCUCACCUUCCAGAUUCACCUGCAGGAACUGCUGCAGUACAAGAGGCAGAACCCAGCUCAGUUCUGCGCCCGUGUCUGCUCUGGCUGUGCCGUGCUGGCAGUGCUGGGCCACUAUGUUCCUGGCAUUAUGAUCUCCUACAUUGUCUUGCUCAGCAUCCUGCUCUGGCCUCUGGUGGUCUACCAUGAGCUCAUCCAGCGCAUGUACACACGCCUUGAACCCCUCCUGAUGCAGCUGGACUACAGCAUGAAAGCAGAGGCCGACGCCCUGCACCAUAAACAUGACAAGAGAAAGCGGUCAGGGAAGACCUCACCCCCAGGUGGGGAAGAGCAGCUGGCAGAGACGGAGAGUGAGAGCGAAGCAGAGUUGGCUGGCUUCUCACCAGUGGUGGAUGUGAAGAAGACAGCGUUGGCCUUGGCUAUCACCGACUCGGAGUUGUCAGAUGAAGAGGCUUCAAUCUUAGAGAGUGGUGGCUUCUCUGUGUCCCGGGCCACUACACCACAGUUGACCGAUGUCUCAGAGGAUUUGGACCAGCAGAGCUUGCCGAGCGAGCCCGAGGAGGCCCUGAGCCGUGAGCUAGGAGAGGGGGAGGAGCCUGAACUUACCCCCCCUGGAGACCUGCUGGGUCCCCCUCAGGCCCUGUCAAAGCGAGCCCUGGACUCAGAGACAGAGGCCCCGGUGGCCCAGGAAACCUUGCUCCGGCUCUCGUCCCCACUCCACUUUGUGAACACACACUUCAACGGGGCAGGUGCAGCCUCUGGCGACACACAGCUCUCUCCUGGGGUGCCUGUGGAGACGCUGAGGCCUGAGGCCCCAAGUGAUGACCUUCCCACAGAGCCCAGCUCCCUAUCACCCCUCCUUGGCCUGACUGGAAGUGACCUGGCAGCAUCCCCAGCUGUGCCCCCGCCCCCUCCCCAGGACUCACCUCAGCCCCCUACCACCCCUGAGGAAGAGGAGGCACUUGCCACCGAAGACUUCGAGUUGCUGGAUCAGGGGGAGCUGGAGCAGUUGAAUGCGGAGCUGGGCUUGGGUCUGGGUCCACAGACCUCCGUGGAACCCUCUGAAACCCCAGGGCCUCCCACCCCAGCCCCGGCACAGUCAGACCAAGAGUCUCCGGCCAAGGCCAAGCCAUGAGCCGUGGGCAAAGAAGCUGCAGGCAGUCAUCAUGGGGGCUUCCUAGCUAGCAGAUUCUAGCUUCCAGCUUCCUCUUCUCCCUGCCACUGGGGGGUGGGAGGCAUGCUGGCUGCCACCUGAAACUCAUCCCACUGCAGCCUGCUGUGCCAGGCCAGGAGCACCAGCUGCGCCGGGACAGGUUUUAAGUUUUUAAAGUCAUUUGACAUUGGGGUUCGGGGAUACGAACAAGCCUAGGCCUAGGCAGGUCCUUUCCCCAUCCCCUGCCUGCACUUCCUCCCUGCCUCAUAUCUCAUUCCAUUCAACCCCUGCCGCCUUCCUCCUGUCCUCAGGGACCUGUGCUGCUCUGUCCUUGUGUUUAGAUCAGGCACUUUAUUGUCUCUCUCCGUGUCAUGUCCUUGGUCAGCUCCUCCUUCCCACCAGGCCCCAUGAGGGCACAUCAGACCAGUACUACGAGCUUGGUGUCCUGGGACCUUCUACCUUGCGCCCUUCCAGUUCAGUCCAGCCUCUUGUGUGUGUGGUCCAGAUGGAGAGUAGGACUCUCUGGCUUGACCUUGGCACUUGAAGUGUCAGCAGGAACUUGGCCUGAGUAGAAAGAGGGCUCUGUCAGCCAGACUAGGGGGAAAGGAGACCACCUCUGGGCCACCUGUAGUGGGAACCACCUACCUACCCGGGUCAGGAAAGGGUCGGGAGCAUCUGUACAGGUAUCAGCAAAAUAAAGUGACUCUUGGCUAGAUCUGC